UGAACGCGCGCGACGCUGCAGCCGCAACGCGGAGAGGAAGAGAGCCAAUCGACGGUGGCGGUGGUGCGCGCACACACACACACACACACACAUUCGAAAGCAUACACACACGGUCGUACUGGAAGUAGCGGCAGGUAUAUGCUCUUAUACCGCUCGCGACCGAUAGGCCUGGCCAUCAUCGUCGACGUCUCUGAGCGCGCGGAUCGUUGCGGAUCGUUGCAACAGUGCCUGCUGCUACGCGUUUUUCGAGCCGCCAAAAGGUGUUAUAAUAAGCGCUGAUUGCCGAUCUUGGAUCGACGGCGGCCCUUCGAUCGGGAGAAAAAGGGACGAUCGUUUUUGUGCUUUUUUUUAUUGAGUGCGCGAUUUCUCGAAACUGCACCGCCUUGUCGUCCAGUGAACAGCUCCGACGAAUCCUUCGAGGGCCAUGGCGAGCAUAAUCAAUUCGACGACCAACAUCAUCAACGAUGCCUACGAUUACUAUCUCUGGACGUUGACCUUAUCAGACGAAAGGACGAAAGGAUGGCCGUUGGUCGAUUCACCGGCGCCGACGCUCAUGUACACCAUGAUCUAUCUGUUCAUCGUCUGGCAAGGACCAAAAGUCAUGAAGAAUCGCAAACCCUUCAAGCUCACGUGGCUGCUCGUGCCCUACAAUCUCGCGAUGGCCGCGCUCAAUGCCUACAUCGCUAUCGAACUGUUCAUCGCGUCGACCAAGUUACGCUACAGCUACGUGUGCCAGCCCAUAAGGCACAUUACGAGGCCGGAAGAAUUACAGAUCGCAAACGCCGUUUGGUGGUACUACUUCAGCAAGCUGCUCGAAUUCUGUGACACGUUUUUCUUUAUUCUUCGGAAAAAAGACAAUCAGCUUAGCUUCCUUCACGUCUAUCACCACUCGACCAUGUUUUCUCUUUGGUGGAUCGGCAUCAAAUGGGUACCAAGUGGCUCCACGUUCUUACCUGCGAUGGUCAACAGCUUCAUUCACGUACUGAUGUACUCCUACUACGGCCUCUCGGCUCUUGGACCUACCGUGUCCAAGUACCUCUGGUGGAAGCAGUACCUCACGAUCCUCCAGCUCAUCCAGUUCACGACGGCUCUGAUUCUCGGCAUCAACGGCAUCAAAACGGGCUGCGAGUUUCCCCUCUGGAUGCACUACGCCCUCGUCUUCUACAUGAUCUCCUUCAUCGUCCUCUUCGGAAACUUCUACGCCAAGGCUUACAUAGCCAAGGGCAAGCAAGCUUACGCGGCCAAGCAGGAGAGGCAGAGGCAGAAGCAACUGCUUCUGGCCAACAACAACGGCUCGUGCGCCAAAGAGGCCAACGGUACUUGCUACAGCAAUGGUAAUGGCAACGGUUACGCGGCGAACGGUCACAGCAACGGUAAGACCAACGGCGCUGCCAAUGGUCACAGCAACGGCAAGACCAAUGGUUCCGCCAACGGUCAUAGCAAUGGCAAAACUAGUGUUCCAGUCAAUGGACAGAGCAACGGCGUAUCGAAAAAGACCCAGUGAUGCGCUCGAACCCAUACACACAAUUACACAAACACGUACACAUUUGCAUAUAAAUUACGGACAUAUAUAUUUGUAGAAGCAUAUAUUUUUUACGUAUGUAUACGCGUGAACGCCGAGUGAUAAGAAGUGCGAUAAAGUCACCUCCAUUACCCUCUGUCUAGUACAUUCAUAUGUAUGUGUUUAUUCAAUUUUAAUAUACAUAUGUAUAAUUAUGUACACACACAACUAUAUAUAUUAUUGUAUAGAAAUUUAAAAUAUCUAUACGUAUAGGCCCAUUAGCUGUACGCGUUUACUAUACGUAUUGACUAUGUAAAGUACUCGUCAAUUUGCACUUUCAACGUUGAGAGAGCAUAAGUGCAAAUCGAGGAGUAAUUUAUACAAAAGCAUUAUCGAAAAGAUUAAAUUGGAAGAAGGCUGCGUUUCAUUUUUACGAAAAUUUUGUUCCUGUUCUUUUCGUAAAAAUGGGCAAUUUUUAUAAUAAAUUAGAAAUUUGAAGUUUUAUCGAUCAUUGCGCCGGUCGAAUAUUUCAAGUUGUACAGACAAGUAACUUCCAUUUUCUCCUAAGAUAUACGUGCAUAUAACAUAUAAAAUAUUUUUAGUAUAUGAAUAAUUUAAAAAAAAAAAAGCGAAUAUGGACACAUGUAAAAUCGAAAUUAUUUUUCCACAUAGAGUAACGAACACAUAAUACACGUUCACAAAAGGUAAAUUGUAUACAGAAUACAAUUGAUUUUUGAGGAAUGAAUAAGAAAAUAUAUAAAUAUUAUUUAUUCGAAAAAUAUUUGGAAGCGAAAAAAAAUGAAAUGAAAUGAUAAAAUGAAAUUAUUGAAUAACUUGAAGAGUGAAAGAAGAAAGAAAGUGCCUUUUAUAAAAGUUCGUGUGAAAGUAUAUGCCAGCGUUACUGAAUAUUAUAAACAUACACGCAUAGGGAUCGAGGUUUCAUCAUUAACUUUACCUCCAGAGUUAACAGAAUUAUCUAUAUCAAUGGUGUAUAGUGUUUCAUAGAAUACACCAUUAAUCGAUAACUAUAUUAGUAAAAAUGUUUGGCGCGUACAUAUCGAUAAGCCAUUCAUCAUCAAAGGCUUUUUUUAAUUGUAAAACAGUCAAUCAUUGUUUUAUUACUUGUCGUGGGUCAACUAUCAAUUGGUACCAUGAUUUUGUUAAUCGGUAUCUUGCAUUGAAAUUAAUAUUAUUCUCAUUGUUAUAUAAAAAAAAUCAUUGC